AUGGCCAAUAUUCUUCCUAUCAAAUUUCUUGUUAUUUCCAAUAUAGUUUUAUUAUUGUUCUUCUCUCAAUUAUCCACCGCAAUUGAUACUAUCACCCAAUUUCAAUCUCUUGAUGAUGGAAACACCUUGGUUUCUAGUGAUGGAACUUUUGAGUUAGGAUUUUUCAGACCAGGUAGUUCCACAAAUCGCUAUGUUGGAAUAUGGUACAAAAACAUCUCAAAUAGAAGAAUAGUUUGGGUUGCAAACCGUGAUAAUCCAAUCAAAGACGACAAUUCCAACUCAACCAUGUUGACCAUUAACAAGGAAGGAAACCUUGUACUACUUACCAACAACAAUAAAACUCUUGUUUGGUCAACAAACAUCACAACACAAUCUUUGUCUUCUACAAGUUCACAUGUGGCUCAACUAUUAGAUAAUGGAAAUUUUGUAAUCAAAGACAACAAUAAGAAAUUUCUAUGGCAAGGUUUUGAUUUUCCUUGUGAUACUUUGUUGCCGGAUAUGAAGCUUGGUUGGAACUUAGAAACCGGUCACAAUCGUCGAUUAACUUCGUGGAAAAAUUGGGAUGAUCCGUCUUCGGGAAACUUAACUUGGAGUAUUGUCCUUAGUAGUAACCCGGAAGUUAUAUUAAAAAAAGGGUCAACUGAAUUUCACAGGAGUGGUCCUUGGAAUGGAAUUGGGUUUAGUGGAGCGCCCGCAUUAAGUGUAGCUCAAAAUGUUGAACCAAAAUUAGUGAACAAUUCAAAUGAAGUUUACUUCACAUAUAGUCUUGUGAGCAAGAGUAAGCUUUUAAUAAUUUAUCUGAACCAAACAAUUGGUUUUCGCGAACGCAUUGUAUGGACUACAGAAGAAAAUGUUUGGAAGAUUUUUGAGCAGGUGCCCAGGGGAGAUGGUUGUGAUAUUUAUAAUUCUUGUGGAUCUUAUGGAAAUUGUAAUCCUAUUAAGUCUCCAGUUUGUGAGUGUUUAGAUGGGUUUAAGCCCAAAUCGUCACAAAAUUUGGACACAUAUAAUUGGACACAAGGUUGUGCGCGCAAAAUUCAACCCAUAUUUAAAUGCAUGGUGGGAGAUGGUUUUACAAAAUUUUCUGGAUUGAAAUUACCGGAGACAACACAUACUUGGGUUGAUGCUAAAAUGAAACUAGAGGAUUGCAAGAAAAAAUGCUUAAAAGAUUGUUCUUGUACAGCUUAUUCAAACUUGGAUGUUAGAGGAGAUGGCAGUGGUUGUUGUUUAUGGUUUGGUGAUCUUAUUGAUUUGAGACACGUUUCAUCAAUUAAUCCAGAUCUGUAUGUUCGAGUGAAUGCUUCUUCAAUAGUUUCUGGUGGACAUAAGAAAAGUCAUACUUUGACAAUUGCAAUCACUAUUCCGUUGGUCAUUGUUUUCCUGCUUGUGACCAUAGUCUUCUACAUUUACAAGAGAAAAAGAAAGCAAAGAGGAAUAGAAGAUAAAUCAAAGAACAUCAUUUUAACGAAAAAGAAAAAGGAAGACGAACAAGAUUUUGAGCUUCCUUUCUUCAAUCUUUCUACAAUGAUUGAUGCCACCAAUAACUUUUCAAAUGAUAACAAGCUUGGAGAAGGUGGUUUUGGGCCAGUAUAUAAGGGUAUACUUGCUCUAGAAAGACGAGAGAUUGCUGUCAAAAGGCUUUCGAGAAGUUCUAAACAAGGAACAAAAGAGUUUAAAAAUGAAGUUAUAUUAUGUUCAAAACUUCAACACCGAAAUCUUGUCAAAGUUCUUGGUUGUUGUAUUCAAGGAGAAGAGAGGAUGCUUAUAUAUGAAUAUAUGCCUAAUAGAAGUUUAGAUUCGUUUAUUUUUGAUCCAACUCAAAAGAAACUUUUAGAUUGGUCUAAGCGCUUUAACAUCAUAUGUGGAAUUGCUCGUGGACUUCUUUACCUUCAUCAAGAUUCUAGAUUGAGGAUCAUACAUAGAGAUCUAAAACCAAGUAAUAUUUUGUUAGAUAGUGAUAUGAAUCCAAAGAUUUCUGAUUUUGGCUUGGCAAAAAUUUGUGGUGAUGAUCAAGUUGAAGGAAAUACAAACAGAGUAGUCGGGACACAUGGUUACAUGGCUCCUGAAUAUGCCAUUGAUGGACUAUUCUCCAUAAAAUCUGAUGUAUUUAGCUUUGGCAUUUUGUUGCUAGAGAUUGUAAGUGGAAAGAAAAAUAAAAGACUUACAUAUCCAAGCAGCAAUCAUAGUCUUGUAGGACAUGCUUGGAGGUUGUGGAAAGAGGGAAUCUCAGAAGAAUUGAUUGAUGAUUGUGUUGGGGACUCAUUUAUUCUAUCUGAAGCCUUACGUUCCAUACAAGUUGGUCUUUUGUGUCUACAAUAUCAUCCAAAUAAUAGACCUAAUAUGGCAUCGGUGCUUGCAAUGUUAACAAAUGAAAUAGUUUUAUCUCAACCAAAGGAACCUGGCUUCAUUAAAGAAAGGGCCUCCACAGAGGGAAAUUCUACAACCGAAAAUUUAAUUUCUUCUUCAAUCAAUGAAGUCACUAUUUCAUUAUUGGAUGUUAGAUGAAAAUGUUAUUUUAUCUACUUGUAUGUUAAUGUCAUUUUGACUUGUUCAUAGAGGUUAACAGAAUAAUGACUCUUCUAGUUUAUUUUAGAAGUAAAUCUUAUAGGUAUAUUUUUUUAGUUUGUUUG